ACACACACACACUUGUGUCUAUGCUGAUGGAACAGUGGUGACUGCCCAAGGAGGGUAGAUCUUUGAAGAAGUGGACUUCAUCUUUGGAUAUGCUCAAGAAACAUUGUCACAGCAUCAGGCUGAAUGUCAGUGCAAGGAAUAUUUUGAUGAAACUAAGAGUCAGUGGCAGGAGAGCUGGUUCUCAAAUUCUGAGAACUUCUGCUCUUGCUUUGUGUGUGUCAGCUGCAGAAUACACCUUGUUUGUUGAAUGCAUCUGCUCACUCCAGCAGAUUAACACUUCUAUCAGUUAGAAUGUCCAAAUUCUGUCAGGAGACAUGAAGCCCAUUUCAGUUGACAAACUCUGCCCAAUUGUAGGAGUAGAUCCCACCACUGUCAGAUGGGCCAAUUCAGAGACGGCAAAGCAGAUCAGUGAUCCUUGUCAUCUACUGCACUGUCAACAAGCUACAGUCUGUCGAUUGAGAUCUAGAAAGAGCUUCAUCACUAGGACUCAGCCACCAGACUGGAGUCUAACUACAUCGCCAAACAGAAUAGUAGGCUGCUAACUGGAUAUCUCUUAAAGGGAAGAGCAGGGCCAUAAAAUGAUCUGUCCUACCCUGUUUUGAGAUCAUUCAAAUGGCCUAGGAUGGGCGUCCACUAUUGCAUGACCAACAUGCAAAAAUGGGACAUCCUUCCAGCAGAUGGAGACAUGUCAUGUUGUCCAUUUAUUGGAUGUGUUCCCACAGGGUCUGGGUUUCAUGUUGGUCUUCGAGUUUAUGCCAUCUGGACUGCAGGAAAUGAUGCGUGACCUUGAUAACUGCCUGACAGAGAGACAGAUUAAAAUGUAUAUGACCAUGUUACUUAAAGGGGUAGCAUACUUGCAUAAGCAUCGUAUCAUGCACAGGGAUCUGAAACCUGCAAAUUUACUCAUCAGCCGAGAGGGUGUUUUAAAGAUUGCUGAUUUGGGACUCGCUCGCCUUUUUGGCAAUGAAGCAAUACAGCGACCAUACUCACACCAGGUGGCAACCCGUUGGUACCGAGCACCAGAGCUGUUAUAUGGAGCACGUUAUUACACUGAAAGUGUUGACCUGUGGUCUGUUGGCUGUAUCCUUGGUGAACUUCUCAACAAUUCACCUGUCUUCCGUGGAGAGACAGACAUAGAACAGCUUGCCAUUGUCAUCCACACACUGGGGACACCAAAUGAAGAAGUGUGGCCUGGGGUUUCAACAUUGCCUGAUUACAAUAAGGUUUCAUUUAAAGAAUGUCGAGGUAUACCUUUGGAACAAGUUUUCCUUGAAGUUUCUCCAGAGGGUAUUGACUUGCUUAAAAAAUUAUUGCUGUAUGAUGCUUCUAAAAGAAUUUCAGCAGAAAAGGCUCUAGUACAUCAGUAUUUUUUCACAAGACCUUUACCAUGUCCAAUGAGUGAAAUGCCAAAACCAACAGAUGAACAUAGGCAGAAGAUUUCCAGCAAGGAGUAUGAUGUUGACAGAGAUGUGAGAACUUUCUUUGGUGAUCUCAGAGAUAUACUCCAACAAAAAUAAGGUCCAACUCCAAGCUUUAUGACUGAGUUUGGCCUUGAUCCCCCCCUGGAAAGGGUAUAUUCAUGCAGAAAUAUCUUCCAAUGUUCAUUAAAAGAAUAGCAUUUGCUGAUCAAUUUAGAGAAGUAGAUAAAAUUCAUUAUUUUACACAGAAAAAAGUUCCAGAAAAAUUUCAGUGAUAGUUGCUUUCAGAGAAAAUCAUGAAGCUAAUUGUGGAAACUGGUUAAGUGCAUGAAUACAGAACUUUGAGGUACCAUACAGUGUAGUAACUACAGUGUGUUGUCUUUAUUUGGUAUGUGCAGUGUACAACAAUUCAGGUACAAGAAAGGUGCAAAUAUAAACAUUGGCUAAUAUGUAAAAACUGUUAUUUACAUAAUUUUAUUAUGAUCUAAAGAAAUAUAUUUAAGGCUUCAAAAUAAGCACAAAACAAAAAAACAUAGAUUAUUUAGUAUAGUUGUUAGCAUCACCUUGAACAGAAAGUUGGAAUCUUGCAUGCUACUGUACUGUAAAUGUUAAAUGUGUAAUUUUAAUUCUGCAAGCAAUAAAAUGAGCAAAUACUCUGUC